AUGCGGGAGGGAGCUGAACCGGAGGCGGAGUUGCUAACUGUUCUCUAUGGGACACAGUCUGGCUGUGCUGAGCAUCUGGCGUUUACCCUCACCUCUUUGGCUUUGAAGCGAGGAUUCCAGUACUGUCGGUGCCUGCCUGCCGACGAAUUUUCUCUUGAGUCGUGGAAGGACUCAUCUCCGCUGGUGAUCAUUUGCUCCAAUGCCAGUCAGGGGGAGGCGCCCGAUUCCAUUCGAGUCUCGUGGGCGAGGCUUUUGGAACCGGCAGCACCCUCCAUGGAAGGGUUGCGCUUCGCAGUAUUUGGCGCAGGUGACUCCUUGUAUCAGAAAUUUAACUACAUGGCGAAGAUGCUUCACAAUCGUCUGAAGCAAUUGGGGGGCGAGCCUAUCGUUAACCGCGGCCUUGGCGACGAAAGUGACGCAAAGGGGCAUGAUGAGGCCUUUUUCCCUUGGAUUGUGCAGCUUUGGAGGGCACUGGGACGGCCAACUUUAGACGAACAUGGUGAACUCACGGAGGAUCUUUUAAAGGUUCCCCUUCUUACACGCUAUAAUGUCUCCCUUGCCGAAGUCUCUGUGGAAACCGAUGCACUUUCCCAGAAGGCGCUUCACAACCAGGAGACAUUUAACUGUGUUGUGAAGCAAAAUGUCCGUCUUACACCAAAAGGGUACUUUCAGGCAAUUCAUCAUGUGGUUUUCUCCCGAGAAGUCACGCGCUUUGAAGGGGAUGUCGCGCGGCGUGGGCCGCUCUCCUUUGAGGUGGGCGAUGCGUUGGGUAUUUACUGCGCCAAUAGUGAGAGUAUGAUCGACGCAUUUCUUGCGCAAACGCAGCAGAGUGGCGAGGUGAUGGUUUGCGUGACUCCGAACACGUCUGAGGGUCUUCUUCAACAGCGUCACCAGAUGUUUUUUGGACGCUCGAUGAGGCUUCGGACCUUUCUGAAGCACUACGUCGACCUGGAGGCCGUGGCGGGCCGACCUUUUUUGGCAUGUUGGCCCGCUUUGCGCGAGAGGAGGAGGUGCGGGAGCGGUUGUUUGAGUUGGCCUCAUCGGACAACUUGGAUGACUUCAUGUCGUAUUCGCAUCGAGAGAAGCGAAAUGUUGUGGAGGUGUUAA